AUGGCGCCUCAACUCGACGGCUACUUCGCCGAGGUCGACAAGCUCUCCGGUCACUUCAUCGACCGUCUCGCCGAGGCCGUCGCCAUCCCCUCCAUCUCCUCCGAUGCUGCCCGCCGUCCCGACGUCGUCCGUAUGGGCGAGUGGCUGGCCGAUCAGCUGAAGACCCUUGGCGCCAGCGUCGAGUUGCGACCCCUCGGAAAGCAGCCCGACAACCCCGAACUGGACCUGCCCCCCGUCGUCCUCGCCAGAUACGGCGACGAUAAGAGCAAGAGGACCAUCCUGGUAUAUGGGCACUACGACGUCCAGCCUGCCGAGAAGAGCGACGGCUGGGCAACCGAGCCCUUCACCCUGACCGUCGGCGAGGAUGGGCGCAUGUUCGGGCGCGGAAGCACUGACGACAAGGGCCCCGUUCUGGGCUGGUUGAACGCCAUCGAGGCCCACCAGAAGGCCGGCGUUGACUUCCCCGUCAACCUGCUCAUGUGCUUCGAGGGUAUGGAGGAGUACGGCUCCGAGGGUCUGGAGGAGCUCAUCGUGCAGGAGGGCAAGAACUACUUCAAGGACGCCGAGGCAGUCUGCAUCUCGGACAACUACUGGCUGGGCACAGAGAAGCCGUGCUUGACGUACGGACUGAGAGGAUGCAACUACUACAGCGUCGAGAUCUCGGGUCCUGGUGCCGAUCUGCACUCCGGCGUCUUCGGUGGCACGGCACAAGAACCCAUGACCGAUCUGGUCAGAGUCCUUGGUAGCUUGGUGGACACGAACGGCAAGAUCCAGAUUCCUGGCAUCAUGGACCAGGUUGCCCCCGUGACAUCGGAGGAGGAGAGCUUGUACGACAACAUCAGCUUCACCAUGGAAAACCUGCACGAGUCCCUCGGCUCCAAGACGACAAUCUUCGAGGACAAGAAGUCCACCCUCAUGGGCAGGUGGCGAUACCCUUCGCUGUCCGUGCAUGGUGUCGAGGGUGCCUUCUCUGCCCCCGGAGCCAAGACCGUCAUCCCCGCCAAGGUGAUCGGCAAGUUCUCCAUCCGUACCGUGCCCAACAUGGAGAUCGAGCAGACCAACGAGGCCGUCUACAAGUAUGUCAAGGACGUCUUCGCCAAGCUGGGCUCCAAGAACACCCUCAAGGUCUACGCCCAGCACACCGGAAAGUGGUGGGUCGCCAGCCCCAACCACUGGAACUUCCGCUCCGCCAGUAAGGCCGUCGAGCGCGUCUUCGGUGUCCAGCCCGACUUCACGCGCGAGGGCGGCUCCAUCCCCGUCACCUUGACCUUCGAGCAGGCCACCGGCAAGAACGUCCUGCUCCUCCCCAUGGGCAGCUCGACCGACGGUGCGCACUCGAUCAACGAGAAGCUCGACAAGAGGAACUACAUCGAGGGCAUCAAGCUUUUGGGCGCGUACCUGCACUACGUAGCCGAGGAGGAGAAGAGCGACUAA